AUGACGAUACGAUGCGGCGUUGGCCCCGGAGCCGCUCCACUGCACAUGGCCGAGGCGGUGCAGGGCAUGACGGGCCGGCUGGAGUGCAACAUCACGUCUCCGAUCGUCGGCGACCGGGCGAUACUGGUCAUCUGGUACAAGGGCGGUCAGACGAUUCCAUUGUACACAUUUGACGCCCGUGAUACCCGCGAGGGAUCGCAUCGAAGUUCCAAUUCGUCCUUCGAUGGACGAGCCAGCUUCUACCCGAACCGAAGUCCGGCGACGUUGGAGAUCCGACAGACCAAAAGCUCCGACAGUGGCGUCUAUCGGUGCCGGGUGGACUUCCACAAGAGUCCCACCCGGAACACACGGGUGCAGCUUUCCGUGAUAAUUCCACCGGAAAAGCUGCAGAUCGUGGAUUCCGGAGGUCACAGUAUACCGCACUACAUCCUAGGACCGUACAACGAAGGCGCUUCGGUGAACUUUACCUGCGUGGCAAGUGGCGGUCGCCCAACGCCAACCGUCAACUGGUGGUACGACAACGAAAUAGUGAACCAUUCGUCCACAAGUCUGUCGGAGCGGCGAGUGAAGAACACUUUGAUCCUGAACCGUCUGGAACGAAAGCACCUGAAGGCCAUCUUCACCUGUACGGCGUCGAACAACAACGUCACCAAUCCCAUCUCGGCCUCCGUCACGCUGGAUAUGAACCUGCGACCACUGCUGGUGCGGUUGCAGGGCAAAAACCGGCCGCUAUCGGCGAACCACACGUACGAUCUGCAGUGCGAGGUGCACGGAUCCCGUCCGGCGCCGACCAUCACCUGGUGGAAGGGAAGCACCCAGAUGCGGGGCCAUCACGAAACGACUGACCCGGAAGGAAAUAUAACUGUUUCCAUCCUGACGUUUCGACCUACCAUCAACGAUAAAGGCAAGUACCUGUCCUGCCGGGCGGAGAUGGCCGUGAUACCGGACGCAGGAAAAGAGGACGGAUGGAAGUUAGAUAUCUACCAUGUGCCGGUAGUGACGCUAGAGUACGGAACCAACUACAACUACACGUCCUCGAUCCGGGAGGGUGCGGACGUCUAUUUCGAGUGCAACAUCAAAUCCAACCCUUGGGUGUACAAAGUAAUUUGGCGACAUCAAGGCAGGGAGCUACUAAACAACCCGUCGGAGGGAAUAAUCGUAUCAAACCAGAGCCUGGUCCUGCAGAACGUGAGCCGCUCACGGGCCGGUCUGUACACCUGCGUCGGCAGCAAUCGGGAAGGCGAUGGCGAGAGCAAUCCGGUUCAUCUGGAUAUCAAGUUUGCACCUGUCUGCCGUCCGGGUCUGGUUACGACCUACAACGUCGGUCGGUACGAGCAAGCGAAGAUUUCCUGCGAACUGGAGGCCAACCCGACGGAUGUGGCCUUCGUGUGGAAGCACAACACAUCGGUAUCGGAGACUUUGGACAUCCCGUCCACUCACGUUAGCAGCGAGCAGGCGAAGAGCAUCUUCCGUUUUAAACCAAUCAGCGAAAGUGACUACGGUACCCUCCUGUGCUGGGGGAGCAACGAAAUCGGUACCCAAACCGAACCGUGCGUAUUUAAUCUGAUACCGGCAGGCAAACCGGAUCCCCUGUCUAACUGUACCAUUCUGAAUCAGACGUUCGAUAUGCUUCAGAUCGAAUGUCUGGAAGGAUUCGACGGUGGUUUGCAUCAGGAAUUUCUGGCGGAAAUGUACGUCAUCGGGAACCGGCAGCUGAUUGGAUCAAUCAAGAGCAGGGUACCCAUCUUCGACCUGAAAGGAUUGGAACCGGGCGUGGGCUACAACAUCUUUUUGUCGGCCAGAAACUCCAAAGGAUCCAGCGAGCCGACCUAUCUGCAGGCCUUUACUUUGAAGAACCCGGAGAAACAAACUGAUCUGUCCCUGGUGUACGCACCGACGCUGCAUCAGAUUAAGCCAUUCAUCGGGACCUUGCUGGGGGUGGUUGCGGCCAUCAUCUCCAUCGCAUCCAUCAUCGUGUGCAUCACUCGGUUACGCGGUUCGGCUGGCAGGGAUCGCGACUGCAGCAACAUGUCGACAAACGACGCGUCCGGCAUCAGCCAAUCGAUGCCAACCGAGGGCGAACUGGCUCGGGAACAGCAGUGCAACGGUAGCAUAGACAGCAUCGAAAAGAAUCCGGACAUCAUCCCGCAAGGGAAACUCCCGCACCUGCUGGAAGAAGACGAGAAAGCUUUCGAGUGGCUAAACAGCAGUGCCCACCCGCGGUUGUACGCGACCGCGGCGCUGGCCGAGCAGCAGCACCAACAGGUGGGUGGCCUAAUCGGGCCGCCGGGUGUUCCCGCGGUCGGAGCCUACGACAGUCGGACGUUCUACGCGACGAUGCGCGACGGUGCCUGCAUGCAGCAGAACGUCUACCCGAGCGCGAUGCUGGCCGACAAUCAGAACUACAUCCCGGUGCACAGCAGCAUGAUUCCCACGCCGGUGAUCGGUGGCUACGGCAACGACAGUCACAAGCACGACCUGACGUACGCCGAUCUGACGACGAUGGCCGGAGGGGGCGGUGGCGGUAUACCGUUGCCUCCGCACAAGCAGCAAAUGUACGUGAGCGCAACUCUCGGUAGACCCCGGCAGACGGACAUCAAACGAAGCGAGCCAACGAUCUAUGCACAGAUUGAUUUGGCACACCAUCCAUCAGUACAUUCAACAAAUUUGGUUUAUACAAAUACCCGAGCUGGUAUUCCCAUUUCGCACACCGGCCAUCAACAGCAACCGCAGCAGCAGCACCAACAGCACCAACAGCAACAUCACCAGCCAGCGACGUCCCUGGGGAUAAUGGUCCCCGUUCCCACCUCGGCAGCGGCGGUGGCUGCCGGUCUCACCGAACGUUUUCCUCCACCGCCGCUCUUCGCCGGCCACGUGCCCGUCAGCAGUUCCAACGAACCCUCCAGUUUGCUACAAACCGUUCCGGAGUUGCAACCGCUCUGCAGUACUCCAGACUCGGCCGCAUCAUCCGGUCCGUCCUCGGCCAACAGCGAUCGAAUGCUGCACAAUGCGACCCGGUUCUGA